UUAGUGUUUAUGUUUCUCUCCGGAACUGUUUUCAUCCCGAACUCGUUUCUUUCGGUGCCCUUUUCCCGUGAACACAUCAAACCGGAAGAGACAUCAAAUCGGCGUUUGUUUUUUCCUCCUUUCCGGAAACGUGAAGAACGGCUUGCUCAUAUCUCCGGUUUGUGCAGAGAGGACCCGCAGGUAUCACGAUGAUUAUCCCGAUCCGCUGCUUCACCUGUGGGAAGAUUGUAGGAAACAAGUGGGAGGCUUACCUGGGACUCUUACAGGCGGAAUAUACUGAAGGAGAUGCUCUGGACGCUCUGGGCUUGAAGAGGUACUGCUGUCGCAGGAUGCUGCUCUCUCACGUCGAUCUGAUCGAGAAACUGCUGAACUACGCACCACUGGAGAAAUAAAACUUGAACUGGCCUUAUCUCUCUCUCUCUCUCUCUGGUUCUGUUUUUUCCUCUCUAGUUGUGUUCAAUCAUAUUUUCUUUUUCUCAUGUUUUAUAAAUAAAGUAGUAAAGAUCA